CGGACAAUUUACGACAUCUCCAGUGUCUCAUUCUGGGGCUUGAUUGUCUGCACGGCUGCCAUUUCUUAUUUGUUAUUUCCUUUUGUUUACAUCAGCUAGCUUAUUACCUGCCAUCUGGACUUAUAUUUUGUAGUUAGCAAGGUAACCCACUGCACAACCCGCUGCUCCGCCUCGAGCGCAUGUGCUGAGAGUGGCUCGGCGUCAUCUUCGAGUGGGAGGGGGUCAUCGUUGAGGAUGAUGCCGAAUUGGAAAGGCAGGCGUGGUUGACCCUGGCACAGGAGGAGGGCAAGUCGCUGCCUCCCGCUUUUGUGUUGCGGAGAGUCGAAGGGAUGAAGAACGAGCAGGCGAUUUCUGAGGUUCUCUGCUGGUCUCGGGAUCACAGUAUUGCGAGUCAUGGAGUAGAGAUGAUGCUCAAAGGCAGUACAUUGUAGAACUUGGUAUACCAGAAGAAUGGAUGCAUGAAGCUCUGGCUCUUUAUCACGAAUACUAUGGAGAUAAACAGGGCGCACUGGAGAAUUUGAUUCAGUGUGGCAACUGGAAGAAAGCUCAUACUAUUUUCGUGACUUCUGUUGCUCAUUCUAUGUUUCUGUCAUCUAACCAUCAGGAGGUCUGGAGGAUCACAAGUGCCUUGGAGAACCACAAGUAUGAAAUUGCUGACUGGGACCUUGGUGCCGGAAUAUACAUAGACUUCUACGUUCUGAAGAACUCAAUGCAAGAAAGAAAUGCCAUGGAUGAUUCGGGUUCACUCGAGGAGAUGAGUGAAUCAUGCGGAAGUUUCUUUGGCCGAUUAAACGAGUCGUUGUUAGUCUGGGGAAGCAAAUUACCUGUUGAGUCAAGUGUCGUGUUUGACAGGGCAUGCUACUCGAAGAUGGCAGAGGAGCUAUGCGCGCUUCUGGUGGACACCCCAAGCGAGACGCUGAACCUACCCAUGGGGUGUCUUCUAAUGAUGCUCAACGCUCCAGUUCCGGACGAGAGCAGGUCGUCGUACCUGCAGGACGCACUCUCCGUCUUCACCGAAAUCCUUUGCAGCGAUCCGUAG